CUCCUCUACUGUCUACUCCCCUCCCUCCCAACUGAUUUUUUUUUUCGAAAACAGCAAUUUAGGAACUGCUACCUGCACAGGUAACUGCAUUAAAUUAUUUCAAUUUUCUCAACUUUUAUCAAUCAAAAUCGAAUCGAUAUGGCAAGCCCAGAAACUUUGCAAUGCUUCAAUAGAGGUUGCGGUCAGAAAUUCGACCCAAAAAAUAACAAGGACGACGCUUGUAGACACCAUCCGGGGGCCCCCUUCUUCCACGAUGCCUAUAAAGGGUGGUCGUGCUGCAAUAAAAAAUGCACCGAUUUCACUGAAUUUCUCAAUAUACAAGGGUGCAGUGUGACUAAGCAUUCGAAUAUUAAACCGCCCGAGCCUGAAAAGCCUAAAGUUGAAGAAAUUCCCGAUGUUGAAAUUGUUGAAGUUAAACCUAUUAUUGUUGCUCCUGUUUUGAAAAGACCUUCACUUGAUAGUCCAAUGUCACUUAUGCAACCUGAAAUAGCCCCUGGUCUGAAAUCACAAAUUGACUCUAUAGAGAAUCCACAAAAAGACAAUAAAAUUAAUAGCGAUGAAAUUGCUGUUGGGACCAAUUGCAAAAAUGGAGGAUGUACCAUUUCAUAUCAAGAUCCUAGCUCCAAUGAUAGUUUAUGCUUACAUCACCCUGGAGUCCCAAUAUUUCAUGAGGGCCUUAAAUAUUGGACUUGCUGCCAAAGAAAAACAACUGAUUUUAAUGCUUUUCUAAAUCAAGAAGGUUGCAAAGAAGGAAAGCAUGUCUGGAAAAAAUAUUCGGAUUCCGACACGAAAGUAGAUUGUAGAUGGGACUACCACCAAACUGGUCCAUACAUGGUAAUCUCCGUUUAUGCCAAAAACUACAGUCCCAGUAAAAGCACAAUCAAAUUGAACCCUAUAAGGCUUACAAUUAAUUUAAUAUUUCCUCAACAAAAUAGCGCCACUUUUCAAUUGGAUAUUGAAUUAAAAGGCGUCGUUGAUGUUUCUGCUUGUAAAGUAACCAUGUAUGGCACUAAAGUUGAAAUCAAACUUAAGAAAGCUGAAGCUGGCAAUUGGUCAAAAUUGGAAGAGAGAAUUAUCAAGAAUGAACCAGAGGUUUCUAAAAAGGAAAUUGUGAAACCUGAAAUUGUAAUGCCUAAAAUUGAAGCUGUCGAUUUGGAUGAUUUGUUGGAUUGUGUAAAAAUGCAGCUAACCUCUUCCAUGCGAAAAAUUUUACUAUACAGAGGAACCUUUACGAAAUUAUCCAAACAAUUAACGCAAAAAAACAUAAUGACAACCCCUAGGAAAAUGCAAGAAGUCCUAGACGACCUGAAAGGCAACCCCUACUACGAUAAAUAUGCCCAGAAAAUCGCCCAAAUCCAACAAACUGCCCCCGAAGAGUUCAAGUCGAAAAUUGUAGAUUUGGAGAAGAAAAAAGUGAAAAAAAUCGAACCCAUAAAGGGACAGCAAUUUUCUCCACUAUUGAAUCCCAAAGAAAAGCUUGCAACUCCAAUCCAAUCAAAUGAAGCUUCUUUGGACAAAAUUUUAAAAAUUGAAUUAAUCAAGGACAAACCUGCAGAAGAAGUCGAGCUUAUUUGGCAAAAAUACCAUUUGGAAAAACAAUGCAUCUCUGCCAUAAUUCCUGCCAAGGAUUUUGAAACUCUGGAACAAAGAUCAGCCAAACAUCCAACAUUUCUAUUCCCAUUGCCCAGAAGUCAAGGCUACGAAUUCAUAAUGUGCCAAUUCGAGGCCAACACCGUUCAUUUCACUCCGCUUUUACAUUUUCAAGUGCACAAAGAAAACGCCCCCGAAUGUUUAACAAUAACUCAUUACAAAGAAUUCAAAGAUGACAAAGGAAUUGUUUUAAUGCGAGGCGAGUACGAUAAAAACGUUUUGAAUGCCAAAGAAGCUCAAUGCUUGGCUAACGAGUUGCAAUUGUACUAUGUACAAACAGAUAAACGGAAAUUGGAGAUUUUGCAAACAUUUACUAGUAAACCUGAUAGUUUUGAUCAUAUGGAUUUGGUGAACGAAUUAAAUAAUUUAAAAUUGGGUUAGAAAUGUAUUUUAUUGUUAUUGCAGUUUAAUAAAAUAUUUAUGUUGAAA